GAUAUUUUACCACCCCUACAGGGGAGGGCAAUAAACAUCUUAAAGUAUCAGAAACAUUAAUUCCCAGCGGGCUGGGAAUAGAAUUUAACUAUAGAAUCACAACAUAAAUAUGGCGUCCCUGAUUGCUGGGCCCAUUAAUUGUAACAUUUAUUUAGCGUCCCAUGCGACUGGGCUCAUUGAAUGUAACAUUUAAUUGGUGUCUCAGUUUGGUCAUCGAAUACAACGGUCAUUCUGCACAUAUAUGAGAAUAAACUUAGAGCCAUUAUUGAAAACCGUGUGAAAGCAUUAACAUCAGCUCUCACCACUCAAUAAUGAAAUCUUAAACUCACAACCUAAGAAUCCAAUACCAGAUGUCUUAGCUUAUAUGAGUAGAAAAUAUAACCUUUGACAUUAUUGGAGCAUCAAAAUAUAGAACAUUUAACAACAUCUAAUAACUCCAAAAUAUCUCUCCAGCUAGUGAUAACCAACUUUACUUCAAAGCAAAACUCAGAUGAUUCAAAUCAAUCUGAUCACUUUGGUCCAACUAAAACUAAAAGAUUUAACUCCCAAGUUAGUCUUAUCGUUCGACCAAAAUUUAUGCACAUCUAUACCUAGAUGCUGCCAUUUGUGGUUUCUAUAACCACAUCCCAAAAUUGAAAACUCCCAAGUUAUGCUAUUUCAAAGUCACCUCCAGUCCAAAAUAGGUUAGAUGCCUCGAAAUUUAACCUCAAUCCCUUUGUCUAUUAGUCUAAUAAGACUCCUAAACACUUAUUUUAUAUUGUGUAGAGCAAGAUUUGUUGCCAGAUUUAACGUAAGUUAAUCUGUGAUCCUACCCGACCAAAAGGGGGUGGAUUCAAAUUAAAUUGCUUAAAAUCCCUUAAAGAAAGGUGAAUCAUAAGCAAAAUUGCUUGUAAGUCCUUAAAAGGUAAGCUUUGCGCCAAACUGCUUAUAAAUCCUCAGAGACAGGUAAAGCAUGCGCUAAAAUAGCUGGUAAAUCCUAAACAAGGUGUAGCAUUUUUAACACUGAAAGAAAAGUGUUUCUUUGAUAUCACAGGGUUAAAGAUAACCCGUGACCCGUUUCUACACACAUAAAAUAAGUCCUUACAAUAUGUAUAUGUAAAUAUACAAGUAUAGUGGGUAUUGACUGGAUUGUGUUCUUUUGAAAUUUCUUCAUAACUUGUGUUUUUGUGCCAUCAGCUGAAAAUGGAUCCAAGCAUCCUCAAUUCUGGGCACACCAUUGACUCCAUAGGCAUAGAGAAACAGAAACAAAUUGUUGCAAAGCUUAUCCACUUAUCCCCAGAAAAGCAGGAUAACCUAAACAAUUUUAACCUCAGCCUAUGUGAAGAAAAGAUUCAAGAAUUAAUUAACUUAAUUCAAAACCCAAAUGGAAACUUUCUGAUAACAGAUGUACUCUGUGAGCUCACGCUUCUUUAUCAGCUUAAAUCCCAAAUCAAAGCUAAACAGUACUCUGAGUUAGAAGCCAAAUAUCAGAUGAUCUUCCACAGAGUAAGUGCUGCAAACAUUUUAUUGUCAGGAGCUGACAAGAUCAAAGACCCAUGUGGCCAGACUGACCAUGCCUCAGAACAAACAGUGACCCCCCUCUUGGAGAAGCUAUGCAAUAAACAAAGCAAGCAGACUUUGAAUCAACAGGAGGUCACCCCAGUCAAAAGGAGAACAGUUCCUGAAGCAGAUACAAAGUCUCUAAACUCUGAGUUAACACUAAAUAGAUCUGAAGAUGUUCAAAAUCAAAGUAGUGUCGCAGACAGAGAGAAACAAGUAGAUCACUUGGUAAACUCAAGCGGUUUAAAAUUUUGCAAAGGACAGCCAUGCAAACCAAUCUCUGUCUCACUCUCCGUUGACCGAGCAUCAAGUGCCAAAGUUCACACCUUGAAAAACUCUGAGGAGAACCAGUCUCCCUUGUGUCAUCAAAGGUUAGCUCAAAACCCCCCACCACUUAAUGAGCAGAACCAGCUUCCUGACGGGCCAGGUCCACAGAGUGACCAUAGAAUUCAACAAAUUGAAUCCUUGGCCAAAGACAUUGAUAUUUUUGACCCAGAAAAUCAACACUCCAACAUAGCUGAUUAUCUGCAAGAAGUUGAGCACUGUCUAAAAGACUUGCCAUUCCCUUCUUCUCGUGAGAAACUGAAGCUGAUUUGGAAAACAACAGCUAGAAGCGUCCAUGUUUUCAUAAAAUCUCUUCCUUCAAAAAUCAGAGAAAGUUAUUCAGCUCUUUGUCAAACCUUAAGAGAAGAAUAUUCUGGUUACAGAGAUCCGGCGUUAGCAACGCUUGAGGCAUCUUUAGUUCUCCAAGGAGAACAAGAAACACCCAGAGAAUAUUACUUUCGCUUGAGACAGGUUUAUUUUGAGGGCUGCAGUUCUCCAGAUAUUGACGAAGAAGAUCACACAUUUAAAGCAUUGUUCAUCCAAAAUCUACAUGAAAGUGUACGAUAUGAUGUAGCAAUGCAUUGCAGGAUAGAAAACCUUCUAUGCAGGAAACUCGCAGAUAUGCUCAGCUUGUUUGGGAAAUACGUCUCAAAUCAGAUAGAUUUCAAAUCAAGCUUAGAGUUUUUAACCUUCAAACAAAGAACAGGAACAGAAACAGACACAGAUUCAGUUCCCCAGUGGUUCACCAAGAUGAAGGAAUUAAUGACUUGA